ACGAGAUUCUACGUGAUCAUCUGCAGAGUAAAGACAGUCUUGCCUCGACGUGUUCGUUCUAUCGGCGCAACUGUCAGCCGGCAUCUCUCAUUGUAUUUCCUCACGGAAAAUCGAUAUACCUGUACGUAUCGUUACUCCUAGUAUUCUUACGAAAGAAAAAUCUUACGUGCGCGUACGUCUUAAGAAAAUCGAGGAUUGUUCGUCAUUUUUAUUGUUACGAAACAUAACGGUACAGACAAGAAAAAAAAAAGAGAAAGAAAUAAUGUAUAUGUGUGUGUGUGACUGUGUAUACGUCUCUGUGUAAAACAAAAAAAAAAUAACAAUAAUAAAAAUAAUAUAAUAAUCAAGGUCGAAAAUGAUAUAUUUUUUUAAAGUAUUUAUUGGAUAUAAAAAUAUAUAUUGACCAUAUUGAUCAUUAUUCGUGACUGUGAUCAAAAUCGAUCAAUUAUCAAGAUGGACGAGGAUGCCAUGUGGAAGAAUUUCUACCACAAAAUUGUGGAAGAGAAAGAGAUGAAAGAGAAGGAACAGAAGGAACGUACGGAUCACGAGUUGAGGAAUAAAGGAUCAUACAAAAUGGCACAUUUUCAUAAAAUGGACGAGAAACAUCCUUAUUACGCGAUCGCCGCUGCUCGUAUGUGGCAAAAACCUGAAACCAAAGCAGUCACUACAGCUAGCAUCUAUUGGAAAUUCGCAGCAUUCAACUUUAUUCAUAAAAGGAUACAAGAGACCGAUGGCGGCUUCUUCGAAAAUCUUGGCACGUUGCUGGCUGAAAAAGUACGUGCUCAGGAACAAAUGGAAGGACCUCUUCCGAAAAAGAAGGAAGAAGUAGAAGCUGAAGAUGAGGAUAAUUUGAGCGAAGAAGGAAGCAUCGAGGAACCAUCUGAAGCUUUGUUAGAAACUGACAGUGAUCGAGACGAGAAAGAACAUGCUCAAAAUUUUUUGGUCGAAUCCGUUGGAUUGAACAUCGAGGAACUUUACACGGCUCUUGUGUAUAUGACACAACAUCAAAUCGGCUAUGACGUUUCUAACGAAUGUGGACAAGAAGCUCUGUUAAAUCAUCUGCAAAAUGCAUUCAAGAUCGACAAUGAAACUCAUGAAAGAAUAUUGGAAGAAACGCAAAACAUGGAGGCUCCAGAAAUGCAUCUCAAUGUAGAAGUGAUCGAAGCCAAGGAAUUGGUAUCCAAAGAUGCUAAUGGAAAAAGCGAUCCUUUUUGCGCUCUUUAUCUCGAAUCAGCUCCUACUAGAAGAUACAAUACGGCUGUAAAAACGUCCACUCUUAGCCCAGUAUGGGAAGAACAUUUUGAAUUACCUUUAGAGGAUCCAGAAAAUGAUGUUCUAUCCCUGGAAGUUUGGGAUUUCGAUGCAGCUGAAACUGUGCCUGAGAAAAUAAGUAAAGUUAAAGAUAUUAAAGGUGUUCGUGGUCUCGUGAAACUUGCUAAGGAAAUCGCUGUAACAGCCACAACUGGUAAUCAUGAUAAUGAAUUUAUUGGACGUUGUCGAAUACCUUUAAAGGAUAUUCCAACGACUGGACACAUGAUGUGGUAUCCUUUGGAGAAAAAAAAUAAAUCUAAACGACGAGGAGUUGUUAAAUUAAAAUUGGCUUUUAGCGCGGAACAUAAUGCGCAAGUUGCUGCUCAGGAACAUAGACAUUUACUCAGAGUUUUAUUGUUAUAUGAACUUGAGACCGAAAAAGUUGAAAAAUAUUGUUGGUGUGGUCGAUGGUCAGGUCCUGCAGAAGCUUUGAUCCUCCAACAUAGUGCACAACGUGGUCUUUUAGCUAGAAAUAUUGCUUUAGCACAAUGGAUUGAAUAUGCCAGGAUCCAUCAAGAGCAUCCACUUAAUUUUAUGGUUUUUAAUAAAUUGAUAGUCGAUUUGUUAAGACCUAUGGAUAAUGGAUUAUUUUCUACGGACGAAACCAAACUAUUUUGGGAUGCUACAAGAAAACUAUUAUAUUCUUGUUUAAACAGUAUCAGGAAAAUAAGGAGAUUAAUUUUAGGAGACAAGAAUGCCACAACACAAUUAUCGGCUAUUUUAGGGAUAUUAUCAUCUAUUGCUACUCUCAAAAUUCCUGAAGAUUUUGAUUUAUUUCUUGCAAAGAUGUAUCCUUGGUUUCCAGAACCAGAUGGUACGAAAUUGGAUGUUAUUCGAGGUUUAGAGAACACAGUUAUACAAGGCGGUAUCGAAUGGUUUGAGCAUAUAGCAAGUAAUACCACUCCCGAGACUAAAUCGGAUGAAGAUACAUUAAGAUAUUAUAUUAAAGUAAUUCAAUUAAUCAGAGCAGAUUUACAAAGAUCUAUAGAUUAUUAUGACAAGUUGUUCAUCAAAAAAAUUAAUUUUCCUUAUACAAGAACAUUGUAUAUUAUGUAUGAAAAAAAAAUAAGUGACAUGUGCAUGGAGACUGUGGAAGAUGUGUGUGCAAGAUUGAAACAUAUAGAAGUCGAUACUAAUAAUGAUUCCGAGUUAAGUCUUGGUACAACUUUGUUCGAACUCUAUCUAACUCUUCAACGAUAUGCUAUAUUGGGACAGAUAGUCUGUGCCGAAGGACAAUUGGAACCUAUGAAAAUACAAAAUUAUCAUGACUGGUUUAAAGCUGGUGUAGCACAUUGGUUAGAUAUUGCAGUAUACAAAGCUAUAAAACGAAUUGAUAGAGCUGUUGAAUUUGAUACAUUACAGGCUAUUGAUAAUACUGUACAAUAUACAUCCAGUGCAGUUGACACAUUAACGAUUUUUUAUCAAAUUAAAGUUUUCUGGACACAACUGGCAUGGCCUGAUGUUGAAGGAUCUUAUACAUUUGUCACUAAAAUUAUAGACGAUAUUUGUAAGUGUUCCAUUGCAUAUGCUGACAAAAUGGCUACAAAAGCAGAGAUUACAACAGAUUUAGAACAGCUUACUGAAAAUAGUGUCUAUGAGAAAAAAUUCUUGGUAUCUAAUGCCUGGUGCUUUGCUAUUAAUAAUAUUGACUAUAUCAGAACAUCGAUUGGUCCAUUGGCAAAUGAUUUAGGGCUUCAAGGUAUCGUCGAUGCUUUAGGAGAAAAUAAGACGGAAGAAGAAGCAGAUCGUUGCAAACAAACUCUUGAGCUAAUCAUUGCUAAUGCGGCAGACACGGUGAAAAAUAAAAUUAUUGAAUUAUUAGAAGUUGUUGCGCACAAAAUGGCACCUGCUAUGAAGAGGUAUCUCAUGGAAGGAGCAGAAUUAAUAGAUACUACUAGUAAUGCGAUGGAUCGACUUUUGCAAUAUCUUGAUUCAAAUUUAACGAUAUUACACGAUAAUCUUAGCCAGGAUAAUUUUGAAAGAGUUCUCUUAGUUAUUUGGGAAAUAAUGUCUGAAACACUUUAUCAGUUAGUUCAUAGUAAUCUAGAAAAAAGAAGACCACCUUCAUUUUACUCUAAUCUACACCGGACACUUCAUACACUCAUUAGAUUUUUCAAUCUUGGUGCAGAUGAAACGUCGAACGUGCAGGUUUUAGAGAAGAUUGAAGAACUUUUGAAACUUCAUGGUUUGGAAACGGCUGAGCUUAUUCAUCGAUAUAAUCAAGAUCGAUUGAAAGAACAGAAAGAGAUGGAAGAAACUAUCUAUGGUCUUCUCACUGUUAAAGCUUGGUUCCUGAACAAUUCAUUGAACAUUCAAAUUCUCAAUGCCAGAAAUCUACGACCGAUGGAUAGUAAUGGAGAUUUUAUAGGCAAGCUGUCUACUCUCGAGCGCAAACUGCACUCUAAAUCUAAACAAAGACUGAAAGAAGCGAAGAAAAGCAAAUGUGAUUCUUACGUAAAAAUAAGAUUGUUGCCGGAAGAAAAAUUUAUUGAUAACAAGACACCAAAGACGCAUGUACAAAAGGAAACUUUGUUCCCUCUUUUCGAUGAAACUUUUAACAUUCCUCUUACCGAAGAACAACGAGCUAUAGAGGAUGCCAUAGUGGCUUUUGAAAUAAAAGACAAGGAUUUCUUACGAACUAGAUUUAUGGCUGAAGCCUUUCUAUCAUUCCGUGAAAUUCCAGAAGUGGGACCAGAAAAAGGAAUGGAAUCAAUGGAACAAAUUCAUUUAAAACUUUCACGGCCAAAUAAUAAAAGUACGGACGUAAUUCGAGCCUUAGAACAUAGGAAAGGAGACAACCAAGCAAUGGAUUUCAUAUCUAAAAUGCAUAAUAAAUCCAAUGCAAAAUAAAUAGAAACACAUUAAUAUAAAAAGUCAUAUCGAAUAAUGUUCAUAAAUGUAGCUAUCAUCACUCAUUGCCUUAAACUAGUGUCAUUUUUAAAGAAUUUUAAUAUUUAACAAAAAACGAAAAAAAGAGAUUUCUCCCACAUAAAUAUAAAGAAUAUUUUAAUUUGACAAUUAACCGUUUUUAUAAAAAAAAAAUGUUAGACUAUGUAAAGGCAACAUUUUUAUACUUUCCCAUAAUAUUUUUAAAUUUUUGCAUUUCAUAAUGUUAAGGAAUUUGAAAGUCUGAAUAAGUGUUACUUAUAUUCAGUACGUGCAUUUCCAUGAGAUGCAAA